AUGAAAAGUAAUGGAGAUGGCUCAGGAGCCGAGUCCCACCAUAGCUCUGCCCAACCUGAAAGUGCCCAUUCACAUAAGCUUGACGAUAUCGAGAAAGUUGAGAUCAGUCAUGAUGAAGUCGUAGAUGGAUCGACAGGUGGUUGUGCUCCACACCAAUCUCGUAAGGACGAAAAAUAAAGCUCAUGGCCUCGGCAAUGCUGCCAGAAGGAAAAGAGAUCUCCAAGAUGAAGGUGAAUGUAGUCACUCCCAAUCGAAUAAGUACAUUGAUCACGAAGAAAUUAAAACCACUCCUGAUAUGAACAGGAUUGCCAAGCUGUUACAGCAUUUUAGACCUGAAGAAUUGGGAGAGAAGCCCACAGCAAGAGAUUAUUUAAGCAUGCUUUGUCUAAAGUUAAAGUCAAUCUUGCCAAUGUCAAUUGCAGUAUUCAUCAUCUACUAUGUCUCAGUGGUCUACAUCUUCACAUACUGAAUUCCACUCGUAUUUAAUGACUGGAAUGGCUGGGGGUAUUUCUUCUACGAAGACAAAGACAAAAUCCCAGGUCUUAGGAAGAUACCAAAGGGUCUUCAGUGCAUUCUAGCAGGAUCAAUGGUCUUGCUGUUUCUCGUCAUCAAUAUAUCUUUCUUCAGAGCUGCCUUUACAUCCCCAGGGACCCUUGAAAAAGAGGAGGAAUGGGCCCUACGCAAAGAUUGUCUGGAUAUGUUCAAACAAAAAGACAACUACACAAGAGACGAUGUUCUCUCCAUUGACAUCUCUGGUCAUCUCCACGACGCAGAUGAGAAGACUCAGAGUAAAAAUGCGCUAAAAUACUUGAAAAAGGCAAAUAAGUUAAAAUAUUUUGCCAUGGAAAAGCCUUGGAGCUUAGUCAAAAAGCCUUUCUACAACGGAAGGCAAUGAACUAUCCUUAAAGCUAUCGAUUCAGAAAGUACUACUUUCAAGCUUCGUAAGAGACUGAGAGAAUUAAAAGGUGAGAAGGGCUCAUUCAGAGACCUUAAAGAGCAAAAUGAGGAUACAGAUGAUGACUUCAGUGAGAAAGAAGAAAAGAAAGACGAUUUUUGUGAUAACCUCUCUGAAGGAGAGUCUGAAGCUUUCUUAGACAAAUCUAGAGAAGACCCCAAGUCUCUUAAGAAGAACAAGAAGAACAUCUUUCCUAUGUUCAAACAAACCUAUGAAAGAAAGAAUGAGAAAGAAGUUAGGGUUUGUUUAAAAUGCCUUACUAGUAAGCCAGAUAGGUGACAUCAUUGCUCUGUAUGUAAUGCAUGAAUCCUUGCAAUGGAUCACCAUUGUCCGUGGCUAAACAACUGUGUUGGUCUCAAAAAUUACAAGUACUUCUUUAACACCAUCCUCUAUAACAUGAUCUCUGCAAUCAUCUUCUGAAGUACGUACUGGGAAGUGUGGUUGAAACUAAUGGAUGAUCCAGACACCAAUAUAAUCGUUCUCUACAUAUGCUCCAUUGCUUACACACUAGGAUUCAUCUUCAUGGUUGUCCUAAUAGGAUUCACAGGUUUGCACAUAAGAUUCCUCUUCACUAACUACACAACAUUGGAGUACUGAGAAAAGAAGAAGGGAAAUAUAUCGACCUGGCAGACAUCUCCAUACUAUUCAACCAACUGGAGGUAUAAUCUCUCCUGUAAACUUGGCUUUGACAGCAUUCCGUACUGGUUUGUCCCACUUGCUCCAACUCUUCACAAAGACAGAGGGUAUCACUACAAGGUCUAUAAUGACACUCGCAAAUUAAAAAAUGAAUAAAAGUCAACACUAGUGCCUAUGUUCUAAAUAAUUUUAUGACUUUU